AUGCCGGGGAUCUGGAAGAAGCUCACUUUUUCCCUGGCUUCUGUAGUCAACAUUGCCUCCGUCGCUCUGAUAGUCGUGGCGCUCUCUACUGAGAAGUGGGUGACGGGGAAAAUCCUGUGCAAAACUGGAGCUGAUCUGGUGAACGCUUCAGAUGCGGAGUUGGAUAAAUUUAAAGGAGACAUAUACUUUGGGCUUUUCCAAGGAGGAAAAACAAAGAAAUGUGGCUUGGGAAGCAGAACAACGAGGAUCUAUAUUUUCCCCAAACUGGUGAAGAAACUGAAUGGAGGCCUUCACAUGAUCAUCAUCUUAUUCCUCUUCGUUGCCAUAGGUUUCGCUUUGGUCAGUUUAGCAUUUUGUAUCUAUAAUGCCCGCAAAAUCCCGUAUCAGUCUAUAAAGGGACCUCCGGGAAUAUACUUAUGGAAUUUUAUUGCAGGUCUCUUUGGGACGUUUGCUGUCGUCUGUUUCAUCGCAGCUGUCAGGCAUCACCGUCUCAUCGAGAGGGUGGCCAACUUUAAGGAGGACUUUUUCCAGUUGGUCGUCCUGGCCGAAGAGUUCGACUUCUCCUUUUGGCUGUGCGUGGCGGGCGCUGCCACAAAUGGGGCGAAUUUUAUUGUGGUGGCCAUGAGUAAAAUCCAUUUCCCUAAAAUACAGAUUAAGAAGCCGGAGGAGCCGACCGUUACGGCUGAUGACCUCCUAUACUGA